GGAGCGGGGCGGAGCUUGCGGCCGGCGGAGGGCGGGGUCUGCGCGGGGACUUCCCCUGGGCUGAUCUGCGCAGCGGGGUUUUGGCCAAAUUGGGCGAGGGCACAUAAUAACCACUUACCCCUUCUCACCGAGGAAGAGCGGGAGAAAGGGUAUGGCACAGUCGCAAGCGUGGGUGAAAAGAUACCUCAAGGCCUUUUGUAAAGGCUUCUUUGUGGCAGUGCCUGUGGCAGUGACUUUCUUGGAUCGGGUCGCCUGUGUGGCAAGAGUGGAAGGAGCAUCAAUGCAGCCUUCUUUGAAUCCUGGGGGGAGCCAGUCAUCUGAUGUGGUGCUUUUGAACCACUGGAAAGUGAGGAAUUUUGAAGUACACCGUGGUGACAUUGUAUCAUUGGUGUCUCCUAAAAACCCAGAACAGAAGAUCAUUAAGAGAGUGAUUGCUCUUGAAGGAGAUAUUGUCAGAACCAUAGGACACAAAAACCGGUAUGUGAAAGUCCCCCGUGGUCACAUCUGGGUUGAAGGUGAUCAUCAUGGACACAGUUUUGACAGUAAUUCUUUUGGGCCGGUUUCUCUGGGACUUCUGCAUGCCCAUGCCACACAUAUCCUGUGGCCCCCAGAGCGCUGGCAGAAAUUGGAAUCUGUUCUUCCUCCAGAGCGCUUACCAGUACGGAUUCAAGAGGAUUGACUGCAUGGAUCUACCUGAGUUGCUGGCAAUGGGAGGCCAGUUGCUGGAGAGGAAUGGAAAAAAGAAACCUCCAAAAGGGAAAAACUUCCAACCAUAUGCUGCUUUGCAAGAAUUAUUUAUAGCACAUUAGGAUGAUCUGUAUUAUUAAAUAAAUACUUUUCAAACAUUAAACAGUAUUAAAUGGCACCUGAUUUGUGUUAAAUUGUAGUAACCUGUUGUUUAAUGCUCCCAAAAUAUGCAGACCUUAGGGAAUAUAAAAACAUUGUACCCACAUGUCUUAAUGGGGCUAAAUUUCAGAUUAUUUGUUACCUAUACUUAUUAUAUUGAUUGUUGGGUUUUGAUUCUGGCGCUUGCUGCUGAAAUAAAUUGAAAAUUAAUAUUCAAU